CGCUCUCAUCGUCCAGGAUCGCACAGUAUUCAGCAUGUCUCGUCUAAUUGUCAAGAACCUGCCCAAGCACAUCACCCAAGAGCGCUUCCGCGAGCACUUUGCGGCCAAGGGAGAGGUGACUGAUGCCAAGCUCAUGUACACAAGAGAGGGCCGGUUUCGCCAGUUCGGUUAUAUCGGUUACAAGAACGAGAAGGACGCCAAGAAAGCCGCCCAAUAUUUCAAUGACACAUUCAUCGAUACCUCAAAGCUGCAAGUCGAGAUUGCGAAAACGAUCGGAGAUGCCACUCUCGAGCGGCCAUGGAGUCGAUAUUCUCAGGGCUCCUCCGCCAACGAGAAGAAGAAGAACGAAGAGCUGCUCGCCCAGAAGCGGAAGGAGGAGCGCGAGAUCCGCAUUGCCGCGCAACGGCAGCAGGCCGAGCAAGAUCUGGUGAAGAAGAAGGCCCUCAUCCAGGACCUCUAUGCCGACCAAGAGGACGACAAGCUCCGGGAGUUCCUGCAGGUGAUGCAGCCCCGAGCCACAUCCAAGACCUGGGCGAACGACGACAUUGUGGGUGCCGCGGCCGAGAAACAGGCCAAGAAGCAGCAAAAGAAAGAAAAGAUCCAAGCCAUGGUCGGCAUUGUCGCUAAUCGAAAAGCUGGCGGUGAAGGCAUGGUCUUGACCAAGACUCAUGUCAAAUUCGGCAACGAUUCGGAUGACGAGUACGAGGAUCUGCCAGCUCAAGAGGACGAGCCAAAGCCAACCCCCGCCGUCCAAAACGACGAUGCCAAGCUGGAGGAGGACGAGCCGAUACAGGAAAAGACCGUCGCGCACGAUACCGGGGUCUCGGAUAUGGACUACUUCAAAUCUAAGAUGAGGUGCUUCGACGACGAUGACGACAUGGACGACGACGGGUUUGGAAAGCAGAAUGAUGAUCCUGGGAACGCCGAGGCCGAGUCCCCACCCAAAUCACAGAGCUCGGCUCUCAACGAGGCAGCCACCUCCUCCAGCUCCUCAAAAUCGGUGCCGGCCACCGGCUUUACUCCAGCACCGCCAUCGAUGGCAGCCAGGCUUCCGCCUGUAGCGGAGCCGCUGAUAUCGGAGUCUGUGUCGUCGUCGAUGGAAAUCAUCGCCGACACCGGUCGCCUGUUUAUCCGCAACCUCGCCUAUACAUGCACACAGGAUGACGUUCAGAAGUUGUUUGAAAAGUUCGGGCCCCUGUCCGAGGUUCACAUUUCCAUGGACAAGCAGACCAACAAAUCCAAAGGAUAUGGCUUUGUGCUCUAUCUGAUUCCAGAGCACGGCAUCCGGGCAUACGAGUCGCUGAACGGCAAGAUCUUCCAGGGCCGCAUUCUGGAAAUUGUCGGCGGCAAAGAGAAGCCGCAGGCCAAGGACGAGCAGAUCGACAUGUCUGCCCCCGGCGCCUUCAAGAAGAAGCGUGAGCUCGAGAAGAAGAAAACCGCCGGCAGCGACUUUAGCUGGAACAGCCUGUUUAUGAAUACGGACGCAGUAAUCGAGUCGAUGGCCAACAAGCUCAACAUCAAAAAGUCCGAGAUUCUCGAUCCCCAGUCCGAGAACAUGGCUGUACGCGUGGCGCUUGCGGAAACGAACGUCAUCAACGACACCAAGCAGUAUCUGGAGGACGAAGGCGUGUCGCUGGACGCCUUUGAGCGCGGACGCAAGGUCCGCAGCGACGCUAUCAUUCUCGUCAAGAACAUCCCAGCGUCGACUGAGCGGGCCGAGCUCGUGGAGCUUUUUGGACGGUUCGGCAGUCUGGGCCGCGUGGUGCUGCCGCCGGCCAAGACAAUUGCCCUCGUCGAGUUCCUGGAGCAGAACGAGGCCAAGGCUGCCUUCCGUCACCUGGCCUAUACCAAGUUCAAGAACUUGCCGCUGUACCUUGAGUGGGCGCCGAUGGGGUCGUUCACAAAGGCAUACGAUCCGCAGGAGGCGGCGGAGCGCCAGAAGGCCGCCCAGGCGUCCAAAACGGCCAAGGGAGAGGCCAAGGUGGCCAUCAUGGAGGAACUCACGACCUCGAAGCAGGAGAAGGAGGACGUCGAGGCGGACGCAGGCAUGCCCGUGACGACGCUCUUUGUCAAGAACCUGAACUUUGAGACCACCGAGGCGAAGCUCGAGGAGGCCUUCCGGGGAGUCGGCGGCCUCGCCAAGGUGCGGGUUGCGACCAAGCCCGAUCCAAAGAACCCCAAGGGGACACGGCUGUCGAUGGGCUUUGGCUUUGUCGAGUUUUACAACAAGAACGAUGCCCUCCGGGCGAUCAAGUCGAUGCAGGGCUUCACACUCGAUGGCCAUGCGCUGCAGCUCAAGGUCUCGAAUGCCGCCAGCCGCGGACAGUCCGACUCGAGCGGCAAGCGACGCGGCGACGAUGCCAAUCUCGAGGCGAACGGCACCAAACUUGUGGUCCGCAACAUCCCGUUCGAGGCCACCAAGAAGGAGAUCCAGGCGCUGUUUACCAACUUUGGCUCGGUCAAGUCGGUGCGGAUCCCCAAAAAGUUUGACGGCAGCCACCGCGGUUUUGGCUUUGUCGACUUCUUGACCAAGCAGGAAGCGCGGGCGGCCUUCGAGGCCCUCUCGGCGACGCAUUUGUACGGCCGCCAUCUGGUGAUCGAAUGGGCCGACAAGGAUGCCGAGGACGUCGAGGAGCUGCGGACCAAGACCAAGAAGGGCUUUACCAAAGACAGCGGCAAGAACAAGCGGCGGCGCAUCGAGGUCGAUGAGGAGGGCAACAUGGUCCGGAGCCAGGGGGCGGGUGACAGCGACGACGACGAUGAGGCCCCCGGAUUUCUCUAAGUCAGAGCUUGUCCAUGCUGUCUCGAGCAUCAGCGGAUCCGAAUAGAGAUGAGUGCUGACCGAGUGCUGACCGAGUGCUGACUGAGAGCCGGUGUCGGCGACAGGAGCGGGAGGAUCAUGACGCGAAUGAGCUUGCCGGCGCAAACGGGGAAUCGCAUCAAGUCGAGAUAUGGGCGAUGACGACACCUUCGUCCCUGAGCAGGAUCAUCCUGGAGCAAGG